GAAACAAAUUAUUUGCUCUACAACUACGCGCAAUUGUCGCGAAUCGUUAAAAUAAAAGCAUAAACACAAAAAGACAGUACUAUAAAAGUUCACAUCCAAAAACAAUGGAUUUCAUUUCUAAUCUUAUAAAGCGCCCAAUAAGUUUGGUACGUAGGGACUCUAUGUCCCCUACGCCAACGGAUCAAGGACAAACCGCAACAUCAUCACGACCUACCACACCACAACACUCAUAUUCAGCACUAUUGCCCUUUGAUCGGCCCAUCACACCAGAAGAGCGACAGCAGCAUAUAGCAAAUGCAUUGAACGAUUGCCUGGGGGCACCAAAUAUACUGGAAACUUUGAACAUAGACGACGAAUUUCGUCCCAUUGCAGCGACGGUGACGGCAACACGCGCCGGUUCACCACCCCUUAACCGCCAAUCACCUACUCAAGCUAUGUCGCGUUCAUUACAAACCAGCACGAACAGCAGCAAUGGCAGUGGCAGUGGCUCAAAUCCAUCGACAACCACUGGCAAUAUAAUCGAAGAGCUCCUCAUACAAAUCAAUGACAAUUUAAAUAAGGGCGAUCUUCAUACCAGCGCUGAACUGAGCCAAAAUCAUUCACCCAAUCGUCCAUUAUCAGUAUCACCACCGCCAUUGACGCGGGCAUUGUCGUCUGAGUUCAACGCAAUCUGUUCGAAAUCCGCAAAUCUAAAAGGCACACAAUCAUCGCCGUCAAAGGAGUCAUUGCCUUCUCAAUCGCCGCCACUUAAAUCAGCUGCUAUGGCACCUGUGGCUGAUAAUGCCUGCUCCUCAACAAUAAUAGCGAGUGAGAAAAAUCGCUCCGAUAUCGAGCCGAUAGUGGACCUUUAUAGUACGUCCAUCCUCGUGUCGUUCCAAGCGGAUAAGUCCGGCGAGGUUCAAGACGAUUUUAAUGGAACAAAAGUGUCAGAGAUGCCUACUGCUGUGAAUAUUAAUACGGAAGACCGCGCAAAACUAACUUUUGAAGACGGCCUCAUACCAACAUUGACUGCAGCCAUAAAUGAGCAUGAAAAGAGCGCAUGUGCUCGAGGGAAAGACGAAUCCAACAAUAAAGCUAUUCAACACCUAGAAGUAAACAUUGAACCAGAUACGGCUACCUCAUCGGACAAUGAAACCUUCGCAGAAUGUCAAUCCUAUCAAAUUAGCGGUGUUAAUAACGAAUAUGAAUGUAUGGCUGAUGAAUAUAGUUUUGAAAAUUCCGAAAUAGAGUCAUAUUUUAGUGCUGCGAAUUCAAGAAAUGCAACUAUUACAAAUGUAUUGGCGGAUCCCUUAAGUUUAACUAUCCAUAAACCAGAACAGAGUGAGAGUGACCAAGGCGACUUGCAUUCAUUGAUUUCAGCUACGAGUGGAGAAGUGUUGUCAACGGAGCAAAAUACAAAUCUAAUAGAUGACACCUGUGAUGAAGAACCUAUGGAUGUGGAUAUGAGUUUUUCUGAAUUAAAAGAAAAUAUAAACGUUGAACGGAGUCAAUUGCCCACAUCGACCGUAUACGACGAAAAUAUUUCACCAUUAAAAACCGAGGAGACCGAGUGCAAGCUUGCGGAUACUAUAGAAAUUUCAAGAAAUAGUGCUGAUAAUAGCGAGGGUGUUCUGAAAGAUGCCGAAGGGCCUCAACCGGAGAUUGAAACUACACAAUCUGAACAUGAAGCGCCAUUAAAUGCAAAUGCCGAAUUACCUACUUCAACAUGGCAAAACACUAAUUGUGGGCAAAACAACUUAGAUAGCAGCAGUACUGAAAAGGCAUCCGGGGUAACUGCUGAUCUUACACAAGCAACCAUAACUACGAUUUCUCCAAAAUCCCUUAAUUCAACAAAUGACAGUCAGAAUCCCACUGAAGAGUGUGAAAUAAAAAAAUCUUUAAUGAAAGAGAGCAAUAAAGGUUUGUCUGGCUCACACAAUGCUUUGAAUUUGUCAUUAGAUAUGAAUUCAUCAACAAAUAGCAGUAAAAGUUCAGCCUCCUCCCCUGUUUUCCCUUUUAAACAUAAGGAAAGUUCACUUAAACAGUUUCCACGCUCCCCCACAGCUGUUUCACCAAAAAGUAUGACGUUUUUGGAGAAAUCCGAAUAUACGGAGCGCAUUGAAAUCGAACGUAAAAAGUCAACAGCAAGUGAGCCGAAACUUACUUUAUUCGGUUCACGAAAAACAUCUGUUGUAGACGAAAAACCAGCACGGGCCGCAACAACCGAAAAAGAAACGUCAAAAGCAAGUUCAACUCGCCAUAAUAACGAUACUUUAUCUACUGAUAUUGAAUUGAAUACUGAGCCACAUUGCACAUCCAACAGCAGCGCAACAUCUGCUACCAUUGCACCUUUAGAAGAUGCUAGUUUAACUGACAACUUUGACAAACCUCGUACCUUUACUGUAGCGUCUGCUACUGUGACAGAAGACGAAGAGAUCAUUUCGCAAAAAUGUGAAAAUGAGAACAAUAAAAGGCGUACAUUUACUAUACCAAACACUGAGGUAAAUGCAAAUAAAAUCGAAGAGAAAUCUGAGGCUGAAGAUAGACGGCGUAUCAAUAUAUCUACACCUAUUCCAUUAUCUAAAAGCUCGAUCCAUGAAGAAGUGAAUGUACCUAUGGACAUUGACGACACAUUACCUACGGUUUCAACCAAUGAUGAAAACCAAACCAACACCAUUUCAGCGAAUACGCCAGUACAAUCACCCACAACGACAGUCCCUAGUUCACCACCAAUACCUUCACUGCAAAAUCGUAAUGGAAACGCGCUUCCAUUAAACACAUCGCCACCAAUACCAACAUUACAAAAUCGUCCACUAGUAGAAGAAGCUUUCUGUGUACCUACAAGCGCUACGCAUACGCAUGAGCUCGAGUUGGAUGACGAGGCUUUUAAGGUGCCACUACCGCCGUCACCAGCAUCAUCCACGUCAUCGCCACCAAUGCGAGUGGUACAAAAACGUCCUUCCAUACAUGCGUACAAAAAUGGUGAAAAUGUUGUCGAAACCUUGUCGGCAAAAGAGCAAACAAAACGUGACGCCAGUGAUGAGAAGGAUGUGUUUGCAGGAAACUGUACACCCUCACCAAUGGAUGAGCUGCCGUCUUCAACAAGUACCUUUGGUACCUACGCCAAUGAUUUAAACAUGGAAGCAGAUCAGCAAGAAUUCGAAAGUGAGCAGUUCCAGAACGGAAAUGAUUUAAUUUUGAAUCCAUCCGACUUUGAUUAUCUACUUACAAAAGGCAAUAAUAGCGCGCCAAUUGACCGCAGUUCGAUAUUAUUAAGAUUCGAUCCUUUACUUGGUAUGCCAGUACCUGUAAGUCAAAUUCAACAACAACCAAUAAAACCAUCACCACAAAUAUUGCAACAAAUUUUGGGCAAUAACUUAGCUGCGAAUCUAAGUCCUACACUCGAAGAGGACGAACACUCAUCAUCGGCUUCAACAUUAUUAAGUGGCAAUAAUCAAUCGCUUGUUGUCGAGGCAGAUAAUAAGGAAAAAGCGCUUGGUCUCAACACAACAGACGAAGAAGAAAGUGCCAAAUUAAAGCAAUAUACGGCUAAAGUUUCAUCUGAAAAAUCGCAAAUCAAGGAACAACAACAAACGACAAAUUUCAAUAAGCAUGCCAAUAUGAGUGUCGACGUGAUUAAGGAUAUGAAUAUCGAUAACGAUUGCAAAAAAUCAUUUGAGAAUUCGAACUCACAGCCCGAUGAAAAACAAAUAAAUUACAAAAUGGAUGAACUCGAGAAGAAAAUUAAAAACGAAGUACUCAAAACAGAAGAUAUCGAAAAGAAAUUAAAAGACGCUGAACAACGGGAGGAGGCGUUAAUCAAGCGGAUAACAGAAAAAGACAAAACAAUAACUAAAAUGACCGGUGUCAUUGAAGCGUACGAAAAAGCAAUUGCUGAACUAAUCGCCGGGAAAGAGGAAUUAAUACAAUCUUACGAGAAACAACUGGCGGAGGCGAAAGCGGAUCGCGACUCGAAUUAUCAGCAUCUCACGUCACUCGAAACGACAUUUGCCGAUCUGCAUGUCAAAUAUGGGAAAAGUAAGGAGAUGACGCUGCAGUUGAAGUCCAACGAAGAAGUAUUAGUGGCAGAAAAGCGACAGAUACUGGAAAAUUUGCGAUUACAAGAGCAACGGUAUGAAAAAAUGAAGAAUCAUGCGAUGCAACAGCUAGAAAUUGCCAAUAAAAAGCUCGAAUCGCUAAACAAAGAGCACAGUAUCGAAUCCACAAAACUGAAAGCAUUACUCAAAAAGGAGGAAAUAUCACGCGCCUCUAUCAACGAGCAAUUGCAGCAAAAAUCGCGAGAAAAUGCGGAGCUGGUUAAAAUAUGUGACGAACUAAUUAAUGGACAAGGAAGUUAAGUGGUUUAAGCGGGAGACGUCGGUGUCAAUGUCAUCGUCGUCAGCGCAGCGACCUAUCAACUGUCGCAUUCGUCACAUUAUGACUUGCGUAUAGUCUCGCCCGAUAUAUGUAUGUGUUUUUUUGUACUUGUUAUGUAUGAGCGCCAAGGCCGAAGAGCAAAACGGAACGGAGCAUAGCAUUGCAUUACAUUACAAUUAACCGUUAGUUAAUGUUAUUUAAGUUGCCUGAUUAGCAAGCAAUGUCGGCGGCAUAUGCACGCAUGCGUGCUUUUAACCGUCUGUUGCGUUUAAGAAAAGCAUUCAUUCAGUUCGCAGUCAUUCAUAAACGUUUGUGUGAUUAAUUUAAUAGUUUGCUCUCAUAUUUAGACAUAUUGUAGUUAUAUUAUUAUUAUUAUUAUAUAUAUUUUUUUUUUUUUUUGUUUCGUUUGCAUUUCACAUCUACGCUUACAUUUCACAACUUUUUUCUAUUUUAUUCUUCUUUGCUACAUAUAUAAUAAUUGUUAAGUAAUUUUUGUAUGAGAAUAAAUGGGAAUAUGUGAGCAAAUAUUGCAAAAACUUCAUAUUAAUUCAUACAAACCACAAAUACACAUAAACAUACAUUAUAACAUAAAUAAUACCUCGAAAAUAUAUACGUGGAAGGAGGCAUAAUAAAACUAAACGAUUUUAUGUUAGUUGUUGUAUGUAAUGUAUUGUAGUUGUAAUUGUAUACUCUCUUUACAAUUUGCAUAGGUAUGCUGUGAAUUUACUAAUAUGAAUUUCUCUUCAAACGAAGCUAACUGUACAAUCUCUUUAACUCGUAAUUUGCUUGUUAAAAAUCAAACUGAAAGGAAUUAAUUUAUGUAUAAUGAGUUGUAUUAUUGCAUAGGCAAUUUAUUUGUUUUUAAUUUUUCACGCCAACCACUCGUACUAAGAUAGCAAAUUUUGAAUAAAAGUAAAAUCGAAUUCAUUAAAAAGUAACAUAAUAUUUCGCCCGUUUGCACUAAGAGUAUCGUAAUCCAAAACAUGAGAUAAGUACGCAUGGAUAAAUAAGAACUGGUUCAAAAAAAAACCUAACAGCAAACGCCAGAUUUUAUAAACUCGAGAAUUUGUUCGUGUUAUUAUUAUUUUUUGUGUGUACCAAACACCUUGUACUGGGCAAUAUAAAAACCGAAGUAGUUGCUAUGCAAUUGCUAUGAUUUUCCGUACAAAUGUUCUGUAAUAUGCAUGAUAUAUAAUUUAUUCGAAUAUAAAGUUGUAUUUAUGAGUUUACAUAAGUGAGGUGAAAUUCCAUUUAAAAAAAAUUCUAAUUUUUUAAGGCGCCUAUAGCCAUAAAAAUGUGCGGAUGGUAAAUGCUUAGACUUUUUUCCGUGCUUCUCCAAUAUAAGUGAUUUAGCCAAUUAACGAGCCAACUUCUAUUAUUAUUACUGACUGUAGGAAGUUGUACUUCCUACUUUGCGUGCAGAAAUUUUGUUUGACCUUUUUUUUUUGGUGGUGUAUUCACAAACUUUAAAAUGGUGAAUAUUAGCACGCUAUGCAGUAAGCUGUUAUUUCUCCUUGGUUAUAAAGGCAAUUCUUCAGAAUGUUUCACUUUCAAUUUUAUGUAAGAAAAAUGAAGGUAAUUUGAUAGCAGCGGCCAUAUCUUGGCAGCGCUUGCAUUAACUACAAACUAAAUUGCAUAUUUCAAUGUUCAGAACAUACAUGCCAAGAAAUAAGAGGUGCCAAAUAAAGAGCCUCGCUAAUAAAUCACAUGUAUGUCUGAUGUUCAAUCGUUCCAUUUUUCAGUUCGGCGAAAAGCAAAUGAUUGAAUGUUGUAAUGCAGCGCUGCAUCUGUUGCAUAAUUUGUUAAGCUGUUCUUUAGUUGCCACACUUCAUACAAAACCUAAGUUCACAUACUUUUUAACUUUCGGUUGCAUGUGUUAAAUAUAAAAUGCCUAUUUUGAAACUUAAUCAAAACAAGUAUAUUUCAGUUACUACAAACAUAAGAACAUAAAAAGAAUAAAAGAAAAAAAUUAAAUAUAUCUUCCAAAUAGUUUACAACACAUGAAGAGCAAACAUAUGUAAUCCUUUAUAAAAUUAUCUAAUCUAAAUCACAUCUUAAAAAAUACUUUAUUACUCUCGAAACUUGCAUACGCACACAAACAGCAGGCAAAAAUCCAUCAUAACGCCGUUUUUCUACUCUUGUACUUAAAAUUGAGCUGAAAACGAAGCACAUUAUGUUUAUAUGAUGUCAUUCGAGGGGAUUUAAGCAACUCUCUAAAUGGAGCUCGCUUCCGUCUGGCGUUCCGAAAACACAAAACAAAAAAAAUGUCGUUGACUCAUGUCAUGCUGUAGUAAUAAAACUGUAGAAUAAGAUUAACAAUGAAUGCGUUAACUCAUUUGCAUUGAACAAAGAACAUAAUUUGUAAAGUCAAGGAAACCAAAUGUAUGUAACUCUAUCUAAAAUUUUGAUUCUGGCAUAAUUAGUGCAAAGGAAAAAUAAGAUCUAAAAAAUAUUUUUUUAAGAAACUAACUUCAUAAGUAAACAAAUUAUGCAUAUUUACACAUCUGCAUACACCAUACAUAAAUACGUAUAAUUCAAUACAAAACAAACCCCUAUGUAACAUUCUGGACAAAUACAAAUUCCUGCUUUUGGUAUGUUCUAUGGGUUAACAGUUGUGUAGUGCAGAGCGUAAUAUUUAUUAUCCAUGCAAUCGAAGGAAACGGCGGUGAAGAAGGAUGAAAAGAGGGAGUGAAGAUAACUUGUAUUUAAGUAUUAAAAAUAUUAAAAGGAAUACAAUAUAUAACUGAAUUGCACACUGUAGUUGAUCUAAGAGUGACAUACCUACAUAUGUAAGUUUAAAGAAAAGUUGAUUUAACCAUGGAUGAUAUUAUAAUAAAAGGAAAAGAAAAUAUUAAUAAAUACUUAUAUACAAUGAA